CUCCAACUGCGUUCCUGCAGUGACUUUCCCUGACCACUGACCCCCGUCGGUUCUGGCGACUGGUUGUCUUUGGCUGAUGGAGCUUGAGCUUGUUUCUUCAACAUGGUGAGUCUUAGAACCACCCUUCUGUUCUCCUUGAUUUCUCCAUGUCCGCACCCUAUACAUUUUCCCGAUGCGGAGUCGGUUGUUGCUUUUCUAUAUCGCGCGACAAUAGCCGUCCUUCCUAUGCAGCGCAGGUAGUUACCGAAGAGCGCCGUCCCGAAGACUCUCAUCCCCAAGCCGCCGCAACAAGCAAUGCGCUCACCUCCGGCAACUCAUCUACCAGGGCGCGCGCCCCCCGCAUCAGGGCAGAACACUUCCCGCUGAGCCAGCAUUACAAUGCGCCUAUCCGUCGUCACGUUUGGUAUAGCAAACGGCGUCUAUGGACCCGCACACAACUGGACCAGGAGCGCACCGAGUUCUUCGAAACCAGGGUCACAGGUCGUUCAGAGAUCUGGGCGGCUUUGUCUGCGGCCAUCUCUUUGAUGCGCGCCGGUGAUCUCGCAACAGCGCAGAGUUUCAUUGAUGCAGCCGGCAUCACCGUCCCCACCGGUGAUCUCUGCCAAGGCUGUUACGACGAGCAAGGUGUACUCUACCGGCUACCACAGUGCAUUGUGAGCGACCCAGAGAAUAUCGUGCGAUCCGACGAGGAGCCCGAUGACUUCGAUACGGAUGACGGCAAGCUAUCUUCAGACGAAGCCUCAGGGGAUGAAUUAAUAGCCGAUGACAUCGAACGUCGCCGGGACGAAAAGGGCAAGACUAGCGAGCGUGAUCUGAUCCGCAUUCGUGCGCGAUUGAGCGAUAGAGGCGGUCCCGAUAUCGUCCUGUCAGUGGUGAAGACAAUGAAUGUCGGCUUGAUAGCCCGUAAAGUGCAACAAGAGGCAGGGAUUCCGCGCACUCACCGUGUGAGAUUCGUCUACCUAGGCAGAAUGCUCAAGGAACAUGUGCCCCUAGUCGACCAGGGAUGGAAUUCCGCCCACGUUAUCAGCGCCCUCGUUGUCCCGCGACAAUCGGUGUCCUGACAGUUUCGUGGCUGCGAUAGCUCACAUGCAACCUAACAGCCUGCCUGCAUGAACAACCUGCAGAGACCGAUCCACCUAAUCCACACUUUGAUCUACGG